AUGGUUGAAGACGAUUGUGUUUCAAACGUCAUUCCCCUUCCUAAUGUCGAUAGCAAAACAAUGACCAAAGUGAUUGAAUACCGGAAGAAACAUUCGGAGGAAGACAUCUCCAAAGACAUGUUGAUGGCGUUUGAGAAGGCUUUUGUGAAGGUGCACCACUCGAUUUUGCAUGCUCUUAUCUUAGCUACUAAUUUUCUUAACGAUAAGGAGAUAUUGGAUAUGAUGUGUCAAGAAGUUGUUGAUAGCAAGAAUGAUUUUACUUCAGAGGAAGAAGAGGAGAUCCGUAAAGAGAAUGCUUGGGCUUUUGAAUGA